AUGAAAUUAUCUGAAGUAAGCUUGUGUUCCAUCUACACGGUGGUAGGACUUUUGGCUGUCUGCACGGGAGCCAAAAAUGUGGCCCCACUGGACAUCAUGUUUGAUCCAGAAACUGGGAAAUUCAAGCGUCAGUUACCGGAUCCCGCGGGUUUUUCAGAUUCGAACAAGGGACUUCUAAAGGUAAGAGACGCUCGCAGAGUGUCCCCUCUGAAUCUAGACGAGUUGUUUGAAGAGAGUGGAGUCGUGAAGAAGAGAGACAGGAGCCGGCAGAAGAACUUUGUGAGACCCGAUGAAGACUCUGGGGUUGAUAAUGACAAAGUCUGGGAUCCAAUUUGUUUGGACUCGCGAAUUCCUUCUGUGAGUGAGGUUAGUAUAUUUGCAAGCUACUUGAGGGACGACCUCACAAUCUCUCAGUUAUUGAGCAAUCCGCUGGAAAAUGUUAUUGUUUUUGCUCCCUCUGAUAUUGCCAUCGAAUCUUUACCCAUGAAGCCGUGGCAGUUUCCCGCGGACAUUGAUGAGCUGGAGUCUGGCGCCGCGAAGGAAGAAGAAAUCGAUAAAGCUGUCAGUGAGAAUACUUUACACUUUGCAAAGUCUCACAUCGCGACUGGCGCGAGUAUCGAACGGGCCAGGGCAAUGAAGGACUGCGUUCAUAACUUUUUGGUACUGAGAAGUUUUGCGUUUGAAGGGGACGAGAACUCAGGCGAUAUUAUGCUCAAGAAAAAGAAAGGGCAGUUUUACGUCGCUUCUUCUACGGAUAAAAAGUUCCAGAAAGUACAAAGAGUUGAACACGCGCAAAAUGGAAUUGUGUUCGUGAUCGGGAGGUCUUUGAUAUCCUCGUAG